AUUCUGAUACUGGUGGUUGGGGUCCAUGGAGUGAUUGGACGCCGUGCUCAACUAAUUGCUUUGGGGGAACACGCAAUCGUUAUCGGUUUUGCGACUCACCGCCUCCACGUUAUGGUGCAAAGUUUUGUGAAGGUACUUCUGUUCAAACAGAAACUUGCAAUAAUAAUACCUCACAAACUUGGAAUUGCAUAUAUGAAGGUGGUAUUGAACUGAAUGCAAUAAAACUUACACAAAAUUUACAAGAAACUGGAUUAAAAUGCCGAUGUGGUUGCAUUAUUCAUCUCACUUCAUCAAAACAAAGCCGUAUAAUAACUGCAACAACUCAGACUUGUCCAGGAAAAUCAUUUUGGUUAAUUCAGGCCGAUGACGUAGAAAAUAUUAAACUUAACUUACAAUACCUCCACUUAUCGUGUUCCACUCAAUACAUCAAAGUACGAAAUGGUCCAUCAUUGUCUUCAAAUUUGCUCGCUGAAUAUAACUCUGGAAAUUCUAUUAAAGUGUUGAAAGAAAUUAACUCCUCAAAAGCACAAAUGUUAAUUGAAUUCAAUUCAGGCCUUGAUUUUGAAUCGUCAACGAAGUUCGAAGGUAUGAUUAAGAAGUCGAAUAGUUCUAAAUAUACAUUAUGCUCUGGAGGCUUUUUAGCAACCAUACAACAGUUGAAUACUAAAAAUCAGACUUCAAAAUUAUUUACUAACAUAAAUUCUAUUACGAAAAACCGCGCUUUGCAAAUAUCGAAAACCAAUCUGACAGUUGUUCAUUUAAGUGCUUUUGUGUUCGCAGGAAUUAUAAUAAUUUUAAGCGCAAUAUUAGCUGCACACUAUUUGGUAAAGUACCAUAAAUAUAACAUAGCCAUUAAACAACACAGGGAAGACGACUCUCAGCUACAUUCCUUAUAUUCAUCAACAAAUUAUUUGCCAUAUCCUGUUAUUCGAGCAAUAUCAGCCACCACACUUUUAUCAGAAGUUGUUAGCUUUGUUAAGAUCCGUCCAAAGAAUAAGCCGAGGCGUUUAAUAUUACAAGAAAAUUUGGAAGCAACUACUAUAUCCGAAGGCGAUUUAAAUGACCCGAUUUUAGAAUCAGAAGUGAUCAACUCGCGCAGUGAUGUUCACACCACUGAAUCCAAAAAUGUCAUUAGUAAGUCUUUAAGUGAUAAUAAAGUAGACAAAACAGAUGAGUGCUGUACUUAUGCUGGAACAUUGGACAAAAAAUUUAGCAGAAAAAGUAAUGAAUCUAGUAUAUACUCGGGACUAAACUAUAUCCUCAACAAUUCUUCAGCAGAAAUAAAAAGACAAAUUAAACAUUCUGAUUUUUAUGACGCAGUUACAUAUAAUAUGCAAAAUUCAAAAAACCUUUAUGAUCCCCAGCGUUCAAGUUCCGUCAAUAAUUGUAGCAUUUUUGUUCAGCCAGAUGCUUCUGGUGGUUUUUAUUCUCCUGCAAGUAUUUUAAGUACCGCAACUAUUCGAACCACAAAUCUUAAGGAAAGUAAAGAUAAACACAAUCUGAAGAAAUUAUUAGGACGACCUGGUUCAGAGUUCUCACUUGAAACUCAAGAAGAUUUGGAAUUUGAUUAUUAUGACUAUAAUGUUAUUAAUGCAGCUGCAGCUCCAGGAUCUUAUUUAGGAAUGGAUCCAGCAUAUUUAAUAUGGGUACCACCGUGCAAUGAUUUUGUUGAUGUUGAUGAUAGUGAUAAUAAAACCAAAAUUUUGCCUCAAAGGUUCGCUAUUGAAAAAGAAUGCACUUAUAAAAAGACACAAUUUCCCGAGUUUGAACAGCUUAUAAGCUCUGCAACCAAAACCAAUUACAGCGAUAACAAAGUUAAUGAUUUGGUUAAAAACAAUUCUAUGGGGACUGCACAAGAAGAAAACGUUAAAAAUAGUAUUAACUUCAAAAGAUCGUUAACAAAAUUUACUACCACUUUUGGUAAAGAAGAACAAAUUCAAUUAAAAAAACAAUCGGUUUCAAUGGUUUCAAUAAAUCAAAAUGAAGAUAUAGUUCCAUUGCACGUGUUUAGAGCAACAAAUUCAGCACGAAACCUUUUAGCUGUAGAUGAAAUAUUCGAGGACUUAACAACUAUGUGUGAUUCUUAUAUAGAAAAAGAAACAUCCGUCGAAAAGUCCCACAUAUCUGAUUUACACAAUGUUUUAUCUUUAGAUGAUAUUCACUUUGCUGACGACAGUGAAAAUGAAAUAAAUCAAUGACAUAGCUUUGAAAUAUGUAUAAAUAUAAUGCUUUUGAAGGAAUGUAAUUGUAUUGUACCUAUAUAAUAUUUACUUUUAAGCAACACAACAAAAAUAAUUCUUGAAAAAUUCAACAAAUGCAGUAAACAUAUCCGUUUGAUUAUUAUACAUACAUAUAUUUAAUAUUAUAACUUCACAUAUUUAUUUAGUUGGUGUUCUCAACAUUUAAGGCACAAAUAUAUGAAAGCUUGGAAAUACAUUUACAACUAAUAAUGGCUUGAACGCAGAAAGAGUUAGGCCAAGAGUUAA